UUCAUCUCAAAAUUACGAAAAGUUUCUGCAUAGAAAACGACUUUUGAUUAAAUUUUGGAGUCAUGAGGUGUGCUACAUCGUUUGUAGUUUUGUGUAUUCUCAUGUUCCUUGUGUUAAACAAUGUUAAAGUAGAUGUGAAAGCACAACGACGGAAACCUCUGUGUAAAAUGACUGGUCUUCUAACCCCUGGAAAAUGCCCCAUAACUAUCCAUGAUGCAAGCAACUUGUGUAAUCGCCAAUUGGCGUCGCCUGAUAGGACAUUUAAGCGUUGCGACUGUCAAAACACUAUUAAAUGGCGAGGGAAAGACCACUAUCAAUGCACAUGUUAUCUGAGACUCCCUUGCAACGAAUAGUUCAAAUACCAAAAUGCACUUUCUCAAAAUAAGAGAUAAGGGCCGUGAGCAUUUGUAUGUUAUAUGAUUGACAAUAUAUAUCAAUCCAUUUUGUUAUUUCUUUUUUUUUCAAAUUUAGUUACUUUUGUAUUCAAAUAGAAUGAAGAGUGAUGAUUCUACUUGUUUCGAUUGUAAGGGGUGACGUUUUUGGGUUUA